GCUACCUCGCGUUUGAUAACUAAACAACCCAGAAACGAGACGCAGCGACAGGAUCUAACCGUGCCGAAAAUAUGAACUGACACGGCUAAAGAAAACAUAAUUACCGUCUCGUAAAGGACUCGUCAGUCCUGAUACAAAGGAUUUUGGAGUUAUUUGUGUUAAGAACUUGAGUUACUCCUUCUUUAGCUCCUUGUAGAUAGCUAGCUAGCUGUUUGGCUCAUUCCUUUUGCUUAUUUUUUUUUGUUUGUUCACUCUGUGUUCGUCUGUUAUGCAGUUGACAGAGGAGUACACUCGCACUGGUUCUCCCCGCUGUCUCUAUGUCUCGCUGGCUCUUCCCCUGGUCCGGCUCCAUCAAGAAGCGGGCCUGUCGGUAUCUGUUACAGCACUACCUCGGUCACUUUUUACAGGAACGGCUGACUCUGGACCAGCUGUGUUUGGAUCUGUAUAAUGGCAGUGGUGUCAUCUACGAGAUCAACCUCGAUGUCUGGGCAGUCAAUGAGCUUCUGGACUCUCUUGGUGCCCCUCUGGAGAUAGUGGAUGGCUUUGUGAGUAGCAUAACGGUGACCAUCCCAUGGCAAGCUUUACUGACCGAUCACUGCACCUUACAAGUUUCUGGUCUACAGAUAACAUGUCGGCCCAAGUACAGGACCAGUGGGACUUGGGACUCCCAAGCAUGGUCAUCAAGCAUGACCUCCAGCAUGCAGCUGGCACAGGAGUGUUUGAAGGAUCCUCCAGAGGCAUCAGAGGAGCCACCUGCUCCACUGGAGGGGCUUGAGAUGUUUGCACAAACCAUUGAGACAGUCCUCCGUCGUAUUAAAGUCACCUUCCUAGACACUAUUGUCCGCGUCGAGCACCAGCCCCUGGACCUGGAAACAGGUCUUGCCUUAGAGGUGCAUAUCAAAAGGCUAGAGUACUUUGACGAGGCAGUGCGGGACCCAGCCAGCCAGACCGCUGUGCCUGUUGACAUCCACCAGCCCCCUGCCUUCCUACACAAGGUCCUCCAGCUGAACUCUGUACAGCUGUUUUAUGACUCCACUGGAACACUGCAGGGCCUUUCUGAGCAGUAUCACCAAGUGUCAGCCACAAAUAAAGGAAAAGAGGAAGAAGAUGAACAGAAAGAAAAGAAGCCCCUGAAAGCUGCUUCCUCUCCUCCUCCUCAUCUGCUGCUCAUAGGAAGCUGCUCAGGUUUCAUUGAAACCACUGUCAAGAUCAAACAGAAUGACAUGCUGCCUGGACCAAAGUUUGAGUUAAACGGGAAGGUAGGCUGUAUCCACAUGCUGCUUUCUCCAGAUCUAAUAACCCAUCUUAUCGAUCUUCUUUCAGCCCUCUGCAUCGACACUGAGCCAGAGAGUAAGUGUGGGAGGUUACACAGCCGUCCCUUGGACUCAGAUGACCUGCGUAUGAUUGAGGAGGACCUCAGCAAGCAGCUGGGCUGCAGUCCUAGGGACAGGGAGUGGGACGAUGAGCCAGACCUGUACCCCUAUGUCAGUGCCCUGCAGAAUGGAGAGAUGUUUUACUCCAUGGGGCCUGCAGGUAUGAGCAGUAGCGUAACUUCAGUGCGAUCUGGCAGUGAGCUGUCAGACAGUGAUAUGGAGUCUUCUACCCACAGUCUGUCCAGCUUCAUGCAGCCUGCAGCACUGUCUGCACAGGGAGUGGUGAACUGUCCCAGGCGAUAUCCUGUAGCAGGCGCUUUGUCGAGCAUUCCUCAUGCUAGCAGUCGAACUGGAGGACGCUCAUACAGUGGACAGACAGAGCUGCUGAAGCCUGACGCUUUGCUGCAACUGACACUUGGUGGGCUCACACUGACCCUGUUGCAAGAGGAUUUGCCCUCUGAACCUGAUGGAACAUCAUCAUUUGCACAGGUGUCUCAACAGUUCUUUGAGAAACUAGCCUUAUUCAAGGACAGCGUGUUCAGCAAGAGAGACUUCAAUCAUCUGAGAGAGAGCUUCGCCAGGGCCUGCCCACACUCCCAUCUCAGAAUGACAGGAGCAGCUGUACAGGUUGCCUGUGAAAUGCGGAGUGGGAGACGCAUCAAGCGGUCCGUGACCUCUGACCUCUCUUUCAGCAGACUGGAACUGUUAGAGUGUCUGUGGGAGGACGAGAAGCCUCAGCACAGCGAGUUACUCCAGUUCCAGAAAGCGGGUCUGUUCAGUGUUGGAGCUGCAGCCAGGCCGUGUGCUCAGCUACACUACAGCGUCACUGAAAAACACCAGCGUAAGGGCAAACAGAGGGUCGUGCGCCACGACAGCGUAGUGCGGGUGGAGCUGGCAGAGCUGAGUGCUGAGCUGGACCUGGACAUCAUUAAUCGCCUGGGGAACCUCAGCAAAGCCUUCAACCACUGUCCCACACAAAGUGCUGGAGCUGCACAUACUCAGACUCAGAGCAGUGAGCUGUGCUCCUCUUUCUCCCUCCUGUCCCCUCACGCAGUGUUCAGGCUUCGUUUCCCUAUCCCUGACUUACGGCCCCUUCCAAAGCGUCGUCCUCCUCCUCAGAGGGCGGUGCGGCAGGAGACCUUGGUGCUGGAGCUGACAGAACUGGAGCUGAAACACCAGGAGGCACCGAACCUCCAGCCUGAGCAGACCGUCCCGGGACAGACUUGGGCUCCCUGCCUCACUCAGUUACUUCAGGCAUCUUUUACAGACCUACACGGGUUGUACGAGGGCUGGGAAGGAGGCUCCUUUCCCUGUAUCAGAGUCAAGAAGAGCCAUGACUCUUUUCCCAGGGUAUCUGUGCGUCUGCGUAGAGGUGAGGCUCAUGGUGCUCCAGCUGGGCUGGACCAAAUGAACCUGAGUCUGGUGAAGGAGCUGGGGACAGCAUCCUUUGAUAGCCACUGUGAAUUCCAUGAGAAAACCAGCUCUCCAUUCUCCUCUAACUGCACUAUGUUUGAGACGGAAGAGAUGGUGAUUCCAGCUGACCCAGAGGAGAUGCGUCAGUUCCAGGCACAAUGCGUUGCCCAGAGUGAGUGCGUUGUAGAUGUCAGCUUGCCGCUCGUCUGCAUCCUCCUACCCAGCAAACAGGCCUUCGAAAGCAUCUACAACAGGAUCAACAAUGAUUUAUUGAUGUGGGAGCCGGUUUCCCCUCCUCCCUCCUUGGCCCAAAGCCUGAUCCACAGCCACCAUCAUCAAGACGAGUUCCAGCUCUGCAAGUCAGCUUUUAAACUGGACUCUGAUUCUGAAGAGGAUGAGACUCAGUUCUUCUUGGCCAGUGAACCAGCUGGAAGAAUGCAGUCAGUUUCUCGUGCCAACCACAACCUCAGCUUCCUCUCUCUCACAGUUGUCAUUGGCAAAGGUCGUCUUCAGGCCAGGACAGACCAAAAGGAGGAUCACAGUCAUGGAGAGAUUGUGCUCGACGUUGAAGAUGGAAAGAUAUUCAGUGUUGCACAGUACCAGAAUGACCCCAACCUCAACUACCUUUGUCUGGAGAGCAGACGAGUGCAGCUUUACCAUCGAGCACUGGUCGAAGACACGCCCAUCCCACAGCAGCUGGAGAUGCCCACCUUCACUUCCCCAAAGCAUUUGCAACUGACCAUCUACCCCACAGAGGUGGGUGUAAGCAGUAUAAGUGGCAGGGAGAGGGAACUGCAAAUGCUGUCUGCAGCCAUCAAAAUCACCCUGGACCUCCAGAGAAAUGUAAAGGAAUUUCUGGUUGCGCUUCGACUCCAAGGUGCCACCAUGCGACAUUACAUGACACAAACCAAUCAGAGCUGGCAUGAACAGCUUGUAGACUUCCUGGAUGUCGUUGACGAUCCUAUUCUGGGAUACACAGCACCUGCUGUCAUCACUGUACUCCAUACACACCUCGCUACCUGUGCUGUGGACUACAGACCUUUGUAUUUGCCACUGAGGGUGCUGUUCACAGCAGAAUCCUUCUCACUGUCCAGUAACAUCAUUUUUGACACUGCCACCUUCCACCUCAGAUUCAUCUUGGAUGACUCUGCUCUCUACCUCUCUGACAAAUGUGAGAUGGACUGUGUGGACCUGAGGAGGGACUAUGUAUGUGUUCUGGACAUUGAUCUGCUGGAGCUCGACAUUACUACUUGGAAAGGCAGUGAUACAGGAAAGCUGUCUCAGCCUCUGUUUGAGCUUCGUUGCUCCAACAAUGUAGUUCACCUUCAUACCUGUGCUGAUUCCUGCGCAGCACUGGUCAACCUGCUGCAGUACCUGGUAUCCCAGGGUGACUUGCAUCCCCCAGUGCGACACGCGUUGCCCACAGAAAUUGCUGGCCAGAAACUACCACUGUCGGAAAGUCCUGCCUCUUUGCCAGUGUGUCCUCCAGCUGAAACUGCUGAGAUCAACCAAUGUGAUCUGGCUGAUGCCUUAAUUGACACAGACAAGAGUCAACAAGAGGACUGUCUAGAUCCAGCUUUACCUUCAGUGCCCAGAGGCUCGCCUGUCUCUGUCUAUUUGUUCCCUGGUGAAGUGACGAAGCACAGCCCCUCCAUCCUGCAGGAGGAUGAUUCUGAGCUUGAUGCGCUGGUUUCUACAGCAACAGAGGCUCAGGCUGACAUGAUGUCAGAAGAAGGGUCAGAGGGCUCCACCGACGAUGAUGAUUUUUGCAUAUUGGAGGCUCCUGGCAUGGGAAUUCCUCCCAAAGAUGGAGAGCCUGUGGUGACAGUGUUGGCCACAGGGCCCAUCUUGGUGAAGGACAGUCACUUCUCCAGGCCCAGAGGCAGCACAGACCUGCUUCGGGCUCCCAGCCGCUUCCCUGUACCCCAGACCAGAGUGGUGCUGCGUGAGAUUUCUGUGGUGUGGCAUCUCUAUGGGGGCAAAGACUUUGGUGGCAAACCUUUAUCUAUGCAUGUCCAGCAUGCAAACAGCAGAGGUCGUUCAGUCCCCACUGGUGUUCAGAGCUCUCCUUCUCGUUCCGUAGCUUCUUCCCGCCCACAGAACUCAUGGCGUUGGACUGGAGGCAUCAGCCGUCAACAUACAGUUCUGAUGGAGAUCCAGCUCACCAAGGUGUCCUUCCAGCAUGAGACUUACCCAGUGGUCAUUGCUGGGCAGGAUGGGGAUGGGUCGCAGGCAUGUGGGGUAGGAGUGGGGCCAGGUGGGGAACAUCCCCUCUCCAGGCAGGUGUUCAUUGUUCAAGAGUUGGAGGUUCGAGACCGACUGGCCUCCUCACAAAUAAACAAAUUCCUCUACCUCUAUACAAGUGAGAGCAUGCCGCGCCGAGCCCAUUCCAACAUGCUAACAGUGAAGGCCCUGCAGGUGUGUCCCGAGUCUGGCCUCGGUGGUCCGGAGUGCUGUCUCAGAGUCAGCCUGUUGCCUUUACGACUUAACAUCGACCAGGAUGCAUUGUUCUUCUUAAAGGAUUUUUUUAGUAAUCUAGCUUCCUCUGUUAACCCUUACCUGCCUGUGGAUCCUGCAAGUGAAGUGAGGGCAGACCCUUCACAGAAGGCAUCUGAGGAGGCGGAGUCAGCUAGUGACUUGGGACCUGAUCUCACAGCAUCAGUAGAAACCACAAACAGUGAGAAGAGCUCAUCCUCUGUUGGCUCCACCUCCUCCUCUGACCAGCCAAUUUAUUUCCGGGAGUUCCGCUUCACCUCUGAAGUGCCUAUCUGGCUGGAUUAUCAUGGUAAACACGUCGUUAUCGAGCAGGGAACGUUUGCUGGGAUUUUGAUUGGCCUGGCCCAGUUGAAUUGUUCAGAGCUCAAACUGAAGAGACUGUGCUGCAGACAUGGUCUGCUGGGUGUUGACAAAGUGAUCCAGUACGCUGUCACAGAAUGGUUAACAGACAUCAAAAAGAAUCAGUUGUCGGGCAUUCUCGGAGGUGUUGGUCCCAUGCACUCUGUUGUUCAGCUGUUCCAUGGAGUCCGGGAUCUGUUCUGGUUGCCCAUAGAGCAGUACAGGAAAGAUGGUCGCAUUAUCCGAGGUCUCCAGAGGGGGGCAGCAUCUUUUGGCACAUCUACAGCAUCUGCCGCUCUGGAGCUCAGUAAUAGGCUUGUGCAGGCCAUCCAGGCUACAGCAGAAACGGUGUAUGACAUCCUGUCUCCAACACCCCCGCUAACAAGCUAUGCCAUCACAGAGGGCCGCGCCCCCUCCAGCCGAUCACGCAGAACCACCCAUCCUGCAGACCUCAGAGAAGGUGUGGCCAAGGCCUACGACACAGUCAGAGAGGGAGUGAUUGACACAGCUCAGACCCUGUGUGACGUAGCAUCCCGUGGGCAUGAGCAGAAGGGUCUCCCUGGUGCUGUGGGCGGAGUCCUGCGGCAGAUCCCGCCUACUGUGGUUCGCCCUUUAAUACUGGCUUCUGAAGCCACUUCCAAUCUGCUUGGUGGCAUGCGCAACCAGAUUAAACCAGACGCCCGAAAGGAGGAUUUCCUAAAGUGGCGUACAGAAGAUAACCAAGAAUGACGCGUGUGUGCAUGAGUGAGUGAGUGAUUUGGGGAAGUUUAAAUUUAACAGGGUGAGUCCAAGGUUUGAAUGUGUCUGUGCAUGUGUUUGUACUAAUGAGACUGUGUGUGUUUCAGUCCAGACAUGAAUCAUCGAGUAACUACUAAUGCAGUUACUGACACCCAGUGUUUUACGUGACUCCGCUGGACAGUGGACGUAACUUAAAUUCUGAACUCAUAAUUUAAUUCCUUCUUGUAGUACACUAGUAGCAGAUGAGUUUGCAAACAUAUCGCCACUGCUCUCGUCUAUUCCACUGCUUCUUUUUAAGGUUGCACCAGCAAUGAGGAAAAAUUAUAUAUAAUUGAAGCUUCCCUCCGCUGUUUGUGAGACACUGAUUCCAGGCGCGAGCUGAACUUGCACAACUUGUACUGUUGCCGGAAAAUGUUUGUUUUAUAAUUCAAACCUCACUUUAUGUAACCACCACCAUGUGAAAGGUUUUCCAACAGAUCAAGUCUGUGCAUGCACCAGAUCUUCUGCAGUUUUUUUUUUUUUUUAUGAAGUGUCCUUUACUAAAAUCCAUGUAGAUUUUGGUAGGUUUUCCACAAUAAAAUGCUGUACGACUGGUUCAGUUUUGGGCUCACUAUGCACCUCCUCUUCCCCAGUGCUGUUAUUAGUGCCAUAAAUCUUGCAGUGUCCUUUUUACCUUGUUUGUGUUGCCUUCCUUACUACUGUGCCCUUCCUGCUCAUAUAAUGGUUCAUAUUGAUUUGCACACCCAUGAUAAAUAUCCUGACUCACACACACUCAUCUUCAACCUCUUAUCCAAGACUGAAUUUUAAAAAAAACAAAAAAAAAAAAACUGAAUUCUCUCUCUAAAUGUUCAUCGUCCUAAUGUCUGAAAACUUCCUCCACAUGAGCUACUGCUAAUCUCUGCUUCAUUCUGCUCAAAGGUGUUGGCAAAGGGUAACUUUGAUCUAAAUAGGUCUUCAUAAAUUACUUUUAUAAGAUCAUUUAAUCACCUUCCUGCAUUUAUUAUUUGUAAUAUUUAAUCAUUGUCAUAUUUGUCUUCUGAAUAAUUGCGUUGAAAUGAUGUUCAUGUGGACUUUUGUGAUAUAAAAUGUUCUACAUUUUUUGUGUGCGUGCGAGUGAUGUAUGAGAUACAACAGUGAAAACGUGCACAUGUGCGCGCAUGAUGCAUGUCUGUGAGUGACGAGGUGAUACUUGACAACUCUUGUGUGUAAUUAUGAAUUACUAUAUCAUGUGACCUGUAUAAUACAAAGACAAGAAGUAUUAAAAAAAUGAAUACAAAAAUUAAAAAUGUCUACAAAAACUGAA